ACCAAUUAGCUCUUAAAAAUCGGUGUCUCUGUCUUUUGCAGAAGCAACAAAGCAACGCCAUGGCUCACGGCGGCUGUGUUAAACGGAGGGCCAAGCCUGCUGCCGGCCGUCGCUCCCGGACUGGAAGCUUGAGCGUCGAGAAGAAGCCCAAGCCCGCCUCCCUCAAGAAUCAGAUUCGCUCCGUCGAGCGCAUGCUCCGUAAGAGUCUACCACCUGAAGUCAGGGAGGUUCAAGAAAAGAAGUUAGAAGGACUCAAGAAACAGCAAGAAAUUCAUACUCGGCUUGCAUUGGAACGUAAAAUUUUUUUGCGAGAUCGGAAGAUAAAAUUUUUUGAGAGAAGGAAAAUUGAGAGAAGAAUAAGACGCUUGGAGAGACUUCAACGUACUACAGCUGCUCAGGCGCAAGAGGCAGAUAAUUCUGUGCAACUUUCCAAAUUAAAAGAAGAUCUGGAAUAUGUUAGGUUCUUUCCCAAGACCGAGAAAUAUGUUGCUUUGUUUACCGGAGGUGUUGAUUCAGAGAUUGUUGAUAAUAGAAAUAGGCUCCGUAAGCAGAUUAAGGCCAAUUUAAUUGCUGCAGCCGCUAGCGGGAAGGAUUUGGAAGAAACAGGGAGUGAGGAUGACGGGCUCUUGGAUCUUAGUGAAGAUGAUUUCUUUCAAAGUGGAAGCUCAAGUGAUGAAAGAAAUGCAGAUGACGAAUGGACAGAUAAGAGUACAAGGGAACAGGCAUCCAGUGCUUCUGGGAAAGCAGCAUCUGGCAUGUCCAGUGAUGAGAAAAAUCAGAGACAGAUUUCAGCUAGAGCUUUGAUGCCUCCCCCUCGACCAUCAAGUAAUUCUCGCUCAGGUCCAGUACGUGCUCAAUCGAGAUUCGGUCCUUCAUCAAGCAAAAGUUCAUCAAAACGUGCUGAAGUGUCUACAUCCAGCAAUGCAUCAAGUAGCAGAAGUGGAACUACUUUUAGAGCUAGAAAUUCCUCAAGUUCAGGGGCAACUCCAAGUAGUAAUCUGAGCUCCAACUCUGAUGCUCAUAAACCCCGUAGAAAGAGGAGGCCAAAAAAGAAAAAGCAACAGGCAUGAUUCUAAGGGUAUUGUGCUGAUGUUACUGUUAUUGUUGGUUGGUUUGCAAAAGCCCCAAGCAAAAUUCCGGAGUGUUAUUGCGGUGCUGUAAUCAUUUCAUCAGUUCAAGAUAUUGUGCCAGUUUCUUACAGCUCUGUCUGACAAUAUAUCUUUUUUCUUUUCUUGGUAAAUAGUUGCAAGAAGUUAUAUUGCUUUGUGCAACAAUCAGUCCAAUUUCUUGCAGACUUGCUUAGCUAGGCUUGAUUUAUCAGGACAAUUUGUUUCUGUUGUAAUCUUGUAAUUGUACAAACUUCUUUCAGCUUAUGGGUACUGGCAGUACAUGGGUGUCUGCUUUGAA